AUUUGUGUCACUCACAUGACAUGAUACAUGGUGGUGAAGUGACGUGACAUGUGUGUAUGAAAACGCGGCUAUGCUAUGCGUGUGCACACACCAUCACCGCACACACAGCAUACAACAUAGCAUAGACACUCACACACGUACACGCCACACAUACCUACCUUACGUAAAUUAUGCAGCCAGCAACGAAUAAAUAACGCAUCGCCCAUCCCUCCGAUCCACGAUAGACACCCCCCACCCCACACCACCACCGAUUCCCUUCCCACCGCAGAAACAUUCAUGUCACACGCGCCCUGGCCCGGCGGCCUUUAUCCUUAUCAGGUCUGGCUUCACCGGAGGAGAGGGCACCUUUGCCGGCGGCUGUAGCGCUGUCUCAUUCUCCCACGCGCUGUCCCAGUAGAUGGCUAUUCCCUUCUCACCUACAAGGAAGGAUAGGCCAGGCAACACGCAGUCAAAAACACAAAGAGGCGUCUGUCUGUCUGCAUACAAAUCGACCGCCUUUCAUUUCACCCUCACCCUCACCAGGCGGGCACUCGGUCGUCACCGACGGCAGCACGUGGCAGAAGCGGCAGCACAGGUGGUUCAGGGCGUUGCACGUCUCCUCGGGCACAUGUGUGGCAUUUGUCCCAUCGCCCGCACACGAGGGGUCGAACGUCAGCAGGCGGUAGUCCAGCAGCUGGUUGACCCCCACACAGGCGCUCGGCUGCUCGGAGGUGUCGCCACACACGUGUGAGAGGCGGACAGGGGGCAAGAGCUGCUGCGUUGGUUCUUCCUCUUUGGGCGGCGGCUUGAUAACGAUAUCGGCGGGAGGGGUGACGCGGAUGAGCCACUCCUGCGUGCGGGCGAUGGGCAGCAUGGCCAUCCGGACCUUCUCGGCACACUCGUCAAAGGUCUUGGUGUUGCGCGGCAAUACGUUCUCCGCAAACGCGCCCACUGAUCCACACACACAGCAACAAGAGCUCAGCUCCACACAUAGACCCGGCUUGCCUGCCUGGACGGUGAGCGAAUGUGACGUACUUACGUGUGUUUGGUGUGGUCGAAUCUUUGGUGUCGCUCCCCUUGUAGCGGCAGACGUACAAGACCGAAGACGGUGCCUACACAGACAGGUAUGUAAUGUGCGGGGGAGAGGGUAGGGUGUUUGCCGGAGGAAGAACGGUGCCCGUCAGGUCACACCUACCUUUGCACUGUUGUCGCCACACCCAAUCUCUGUGGCGCCCUUCCACACCAUCGCGGUGCUGCAGCCACAUGACAGACAGUCAGGAAAUGUAAUUAAUGGGGGGUGACAGACACUGUGUGGGACGGCGAUGUUCUCAGACUCUCAAAACUCACAAGUGCCCGGCUCCUGAACGGAAGUCGUUGCUGCCCUCUGGCCAGAGGUCCACCUCAUCGUACCACGCAUCGAUGGCCGAGUCGAAGUCCGUGAAGCCUGACACAAACACACACACACACACACACACACAUCCUCUCUCAUCGCCUUGACUGUUGGCCGUGCUCGUUUCUUGUACCCCACGCAAGGUUUUCCCCAGCCGGCCCCGCUGGUGGUGCGAGGUUAUAGCUGUCCGAGUGCUCAAACACGCCCUUGUCUGCCCAGGCCUGGGCGCUGGUCGCCAUCGCGCUGCUCCACGUCAGGGCAGGGGCGUCGUGACUGUUAAGAGCAGCCAGGCAAAGGCAGAGGCAGAAACCCGUGGCUGGCUGUGUGUGUGCUUAAUUGUCCGUCUGCUUUGCUUUGCUUGCUUACAGGCAUCUGUAUGUGUUGUGGAGAGCCAGCACCGCCGCGACCUGCGUCGCACUGAGUGCCAUGGCCGGCGCCGGGAGGGACAGAGGGAGAGGGAGAGAGGGAGGGAGAGGGAGAGAGGGAGGGAGGGAGAGGGAGAGGGAGACCAGGCAAGAAGAGAAGGAAUGGCGGCCGGGAGGUGCUGUAGGGAAAAAGCGGAGUGUUCG